AUGGACCCUUCUGUUAUCGAAAAUUUUUGCAGUAUUACUGGGACGUCUGAAAUAGAAGCUAGACAUUUUCUGGAAGCUUUCGAUUGGAAUUGUGACGAGGCAGUCAAGGCGUAUUUUGAUUCAGAGGAUGCUAUUCAUUCAAGCGAUGGUUCUCAUUUUGACCAAGCUAUUCAACCACCGAGUAAGAGCAACAAUGAGCCUUCACUUUCCACAUUUAAUAAACCACCAUACAGCAAGCCCAAAAUAGCAACUCUGA